AUGGAGCUUCCAUCGACGUCUGAACCCGUCGAGCGCGAUGGUCCGGUCGUUCGCGCGCUCCGUCGAGCACUCGGCGCUCGGGAGAACUCUGAGGAGGUUCUCGACUUCCUGCGCGCGCUCAGCGUUUCGUCGAGCGUCGCCGGCGAGGACGACCGCAAGACGUUUGGGACGACGACGACGUACGUGAAUCACAGAAAUCUCGGGGUGAGUAUGUGCUUCGAGAACGGGACGCUGGACACGGUGCACGCGUACGGGCGGACGAACAAGGAUGGGUACGUCGCGUACGCGGGCGAGCUUCCGGUGGGUGGAGUGACGAUGAGGAGCACGGCUCGGGACGUCGUGAAAGCGUUAGGCGAACCGACGAGUAAGGGCGGUGCUGGGCGGAUGAUUUGGCUGUCUUAUGAGCACUUGGGGAUAAAAUUUGACAUUGCAGCAACAAACUGGGACGAGCCCGAUGCGGAGCUCGUUUCGGUCGCCAUCUGGGAUCCCGACGGAGACUAA